CUGUGACGUAUUAUUGUGUAGAAGCCAUUUUCAUGCUGAUUGUAUGGGAUGAGUUAAAUGAAAUUGCAGGAAGUGUUAAAUAUUAAAAUCAAAUUAUGUUUUUUCGCUAGAGAGGAAUCUCAAUAAUUAGUUUUAACUUUCGGUUGAUCUAACAUUUAAAGAUGGCAGGUCAUAGCACUGGUGGUGGAAGAAAUUACAAUUUUAAAUGUGUCCUACUUGGGGAGGGUUGUGUUGGGAAAACUUCUUUAGUUUUACGUUAUGUCGAAAAUAAAUUUAAUGACAAGCACAUAACGACAUUGCAGGCAUCGUUUCUGAAUAAAAAGUUAAACAUUGGUGGAAAAAGAGUAAAUUUAUCUAUCUGGGAUACAGCAGGACAAGAGAGGUUUCAUGCCUUGGGUCCUAUAUAUUACAGAGAUAGUAAUGGGGCAGUGUUAGUGUACGACAUAACAGAUGAAGAUUCAUUUCAAAAGGUAAAGAAUUGGGUAAAAGAGUUAAGAAGAAUGUUAGGACAAGAUGUAUGUUUAUGUAUAGCUGGUAAUAAAACAGAUUUAGAAAAAGAUAGACAUGUGACUGUAGCAGAAGCAGAAACAUAUGCAGCCUCUGUUGGAGCUAAACAUUUUCACACAUCUGCUAAACUGAGUCGAGGUAUUGAAGAGUUAUUUCUAGAUCUCAGUAAAAGAAUGAUAGAAAAAGCAGAUGAAGAUUCAGCAACAAAGAAUAAUAAAAGUGGCGCUAAUAGCCGGAGAAGUGUUGUAGUAGUGGAUGAUGAACAACCAACACAGAAGAGUGGGGGGUGUUGUUGAUCUAUUUUUAUUAUCUAUUUUGUAUAUUAUUAUAGAUUUAUGAUGUAUAUGUAUUAUACUUAUUGUCUUAGUUUUGUACAGGUUUUUCAUUCGUAAAGAUGUGUACACUUUGAAGAAUUUAUUUGUAAAAUGGGUUAUGCGUUAAAUUGGAUGGACCCAUAGAAAUAUUGGAAAAAAGUAAACAUCUUGUUUUGGAACUAAACUCUUCCCUUUUACUAGGCAUGAGUAAUGGUACAUAACAAUUCUGUGUAAUUUGUGAUAUUUGUGAAUUAGAUUAUAUAUACGUCAAAAUAGCUAUAUAAGUAUUUAUCGAAACAGCAUAGCUGAUUAGCACUCAGUGUUAAAUCUUUUUUAUUGUUUAAGAUUUUUUUUCAUUCUAUAAAAACAUGUAAAUUUUAUCACCAUGAUCAUAAUGCUCAUAAUCUUAAUAUUUUGCUCCAACAUUAUAAGCACUUUUCUGCAUUUUGAAAUGUUGACUGCCGAUACAGUUCACCAUUAACUAUAUAAUUAAACCCAGUUGGAAAGGAGACCUUUUAGUUACAUUUAGCUUGUUUCACAUUUUCUGGAAUUAAAGCAACCUAGCACAGUAAUGUAUAAUGGCUGAUUUUCCAGCAUAAGUUACUGUGGCUUAGUUAAAAACAUUCAAUCUAAAAGCAAAAAAAUAGAUGAAAAUAGUCUCUAUUUGCCAAUUUGAAAUAAGGGGUCUUAGUCAUCGAUUUUUUGGUUGUUUGUUUUUGGUUUAACUUGCUUUUCAUAAUUAUUUUCAUUAGCAUUGUGUUGAAUAAUAUUGCCUCUGAUUGUAGUAUCAAAUUACCUGUACAAGAACUACAGGUAAUAUGUGUACACUAGUCGUUAAUCCAGACCGUUAAGUUAAUUAUACCUGGGGCCUGGUCAACAAAGAGGGUUUUUUUUGCAUGUAAAUAUGUUUUGUUUGCUCUGUGAAAUAGUUCCUUUGUAUAAGCUUUCUUGUACAGGACAGGAACUUUUUCCAAGUACUGGUAACUGAUAAUUGUUUUUUAUUUUAUUACUCCAAAAACUUAGGAAGCUUUAUUUUGUGGUUCAUAGUCUUAAAAACUUUAAAGAAAAUAAUGCAAUUGUUAUCUGCAAAUGUAACCAAAAGAGAUAGAACAUGACUCAAUAAAAUAUCAGACACAAUUUGAAGAUGUUAAUUUAAUAUUGCUAAAGAGGAAAUAAUCUGACUUAAAGGGGCAUUAAUAAGAUUAGAUAAAGAGCUGACAUUUCUCUCUAUAAUACUUAAAACUAGAUAAUGAAAACAGAAUAUCCUGAAAAUUUCAGUCAAAUUCCUUCACUCUGAACUGAGAUAUUGGCAAUUCCAUUAUUAGGCUAGCCUUGAAUGCCAUUACAUACUUUGGUGCGAUAAGUCUCGAUUAUCGAUUUUAUACUGGAAAUUAAAAGUUGUCAUGGUAGUAAGUCAGGUCUUAAAUAACCCCUUCUUAUGGUUAUACUGGAAAUAAAAAUUGUCAUGGUAAUUAUCUAUGACUUGAAUACAGUCUUCUAAUAGUUACACGGAAAUUAAAAGUUGUCAUGGUAAUAGGCUAUGAAUUAAUUAAAAAGCUAUGACUUAAAUAACCUCUUCUAAUAGUUAUGCUGGAAAUUGAAAGUUGUUAUUUAAUGUUUUGAUCUAACAGAGAACUGAACAAAGAUUUUGUGUAAUUAUAUGUUAUAGAUACUAGAAAUAACGGCAUGCAAUAUUCUACCAAUGUAUGUAAAACAUAUAAGUCAUGUAGCUUUUUAUAGAUAUUGCUUCUAUUUUAUCACUUCAAUGUGUAUAUAUAUUUUUAAAGUGAGUAUAUUGAAAUAUUUGUUGAUAUGUUACCAUGGUUAUUUAUUAUCAAGUAUAUCCUAUAAACAACCAAUGAUGUACUACUGUUUGACAUGGAAAAUUGAUUAUAAUGUAAUUAAUGGUUGUUAUAAUCCAGUGUCAAUUCUAUACCACUGUAAAUUAUGUAUAAUAAUUAAAAGAUGUAUGCAAGAUC